CCACCGAGAGAGCUAAACACAGAGAGAAGCAAAUUAUAAAACCUCUGAUCUCCGUCGCCGGCGAUAUCGGAAAACACGUUGAAGUUUUAGUAUCAUUGAACCGUAUACCCCCAUAAGUACAAUCUCUGCGUAAGAGGAGAGAGAGAUUAGGUUUUUUGCUCACGUAAGGCAUCUCUAUUAGACGAUUUUAAAACCCUAACUAGACUAUUCGCCGUCGCCGUCGACUCUGUCACUGUAAGAGAAGAAGAAGAAGAAUUGAUGGAGUCUGAUCCUUUUGCCAAGAACAAGGGUUUAUUUCCGCAAGACCAGGGGAUGAUAGAACCUGGUGGUGGUGAAGGCAGUGGUAGAGAUGAUCUACAGGAACAAGGUUUGGCGGUGAAUCAGAGAGAGGUUAAAGGAGUUGAAGCAAGUCAUGCUAUUAAGUGUGCAAAUACCACUGUGAAGAGAAAGAUGGAUCAACAUAAAGAGGCAAUGUUGGGAAAGAAACGCAAUAGGCAGACCAUGUUUCUUAAUCUUGAAGAUGUUAAACAAGCAAGUACUAUUUCGACACCAACUCCUAGGAGACAGAACUUUCCACAGCCUGUAGUUACACGCUCCCUUGAAGCCAAUCCACCUACUGAGCAUGGAGGAGAACUUCAAAGCCAUGGUAUACAUCCAGAAUCUGCUGAACAUAAGUUUGAAAGUAAUGGUGAAUCAAAUUCGAGUUUACAUGGUAAACCUGGGAGGCUCAACGGGGAUGAUGGACCUUCUACUGAAGGGAUGGGAACAUCUGUGUCAAGACAGGCUUCUUGGAAGCAGGCUACUAAUUUACGGCAGCCUAGGAGCGGUCAUUCAUCUAGUAGAAAAGUCUCUUACAGCCAAAGAUCUUUCACGAAGCCAGCCACAACUAGUACCCAAUAUCAGGACACAUCAGUGGAGCGUCUUAUACGAGAGGUGACCAACGAAAAUUUCUGGCGUCACCCUGAGGUUACCGAACUCCGAAGUGUACCUGAGCGGUUUGAAUCUAUGGAGGAGUAUGUCAGAGUCUUUGAACCCUUACUUUUUGAGGAAUGCCGGGCACAACUUUACAGUACAUGGGAAGAACUGGCUGAGGCAAAUGCAUAUGUGAAAGUUCGAAUAAAAUCCAUCGAAAGAAGAGAGAGAGGGUGGUAUGAUGUAAUACUUGUCUCUUUAAACGGCUGUAAAUGGGCUUUCAAGGAGGGAGAUGUUGCAGUUCUUUCAACUCCACUGUCUGAAUCAGAUGAAGACCAUGAGGAUGCUGGACGUGUAGCUGGUACAGUUAGGAGACAUAUACCAGUUGAUACCCGUGAUCCUCUUGGAGCUACUCUUCAUUUCUAUGUUGGAGAUUCUAGUGGGACUGGCAGCAAGAUUGAUGAUAGUCAUAUUUUACGGAAGCUUAAACCUAAGGAUAUCUGGCAUCUAACAGUGCUUGGUUCACUUGCAACCACACAGAGGGAAUAUGUUGCACUUCAUGCGUUUUCUCGACUUAACCCACAGAUGCAAAAUGCCAUCCUCAAUCCUAGGCCGGAGCAGUUUCCUAGUUACGAGGAACAAACCCCUGGAAUGCCUGAUUGUUUCACUACUAGCUUUGUAGACCAUUUACAUAGAAGCUUUAAUGCUCCACAGCUCGCUGCAAUCCACUGGGCGGGUAUGCAUACUGCAGCUGGUACUAGUAGUGGGGGAAAGAAGCAAGAACUAUGGCCAUUUACUCUUGUUCAGGGCCCUCCAGGAACAGGCAAGACACACACUGUUUGGGGAAUGUUGAAUGUCAUCCAUUUGGUUCAGUAUCAACACUAUUACACUUCGUUGCUGAAGAAAUUAGCACCUGAGACCUAUAAUCAAGCAAACGAGUGCAAUUCAGAUAAUAUUUUGUCAGGCUCUAUUGAUGAAGUCCUACAAAACAUGGACCAGAAUCUGUUCCGCACCCUGCCCAAACUCUGUGCUAAACCGAGGAUGCUCGUUUGUGCUCCUUCGAAUGCUGCAACUGAUGAACUUCUUUCACGUGUUCUUGACCGUGGCUUCAUUGAUGGGGAGAUGAGGGUAUAUCGCCCUGAUGUUGCUCGAGUCGGUGUUGAUUCUCAAUCGCGAGCUGCCCAAGCAGUUUCUGUGGAGCGAAGAAGUGAUCAACUAUUAGCUAUAUCUCGUGACGAGAUUCUACGACACAUGCAUAACCUUAGACUACAAGAAACUCAUAUUUCUCGAGAUAUAGCUGGGCUUAAAAGGGAACUUAAUGCUGCAGCCUUUGCCACACGUUCUCAGGGAUCUGUAGGAGUUGACCCUGAAGUUCUUAUUUCAAGAGACCAAAAAAGAGAUGCUUUGUUACAGCACCUUGCUGCUGUGGUUGAAGCCAGAGAUAAAGUGCUUGUUGAAAUGUCUCGCCUUCUUAUUGUGGAGGGAAAGUUUCGUGCUGGUAUAAAUUUUAAUCUUGAAGAAGCUCGAGCUAGUCUUGAGGCAAGUUUUGCAGACGAGGCUGAAAUAGUUUUUACCACCGUAUCAAGUAGUGGUCGUAAAUUGUUUUCUCGUCUUACACAUGGUUUUGAUAUGGUUGUCAUUGACGAAGCUGCCCAAGCUAGUGAGGUUGGAGUUCUUCCUCCUCUUGCUCUUGGUGCUGCGCGAUGUGUACUUGUCGGUGAUCCUCAGCAGCUACCUGCAACAGUGAUUAGCAAGGCUGCAGGAACUCUUUUAUAUAGUAGAAGUCUCUUUGAAAGGUUUCAGCUAGCAGGUUGUCCGACUUUGUUGUUAAAUGUUCAAUACAGAAUGCAUCCUGAAAUUCGAGAUUUUCCUUCAAGGUACUUCUACCAAGGACGCCUCAAAGACAGUGAAAGUAUAUCCAGUGCUCCUGAUGAGAUUUACUAUAAAGAUCCUAUUCUUAGGCCUUACCUUUUCUUCAAUAUCAGCCAUGGACGAGAGUCCCAUAGAGGUGGAUCUGUAUCUUACGAGAAUGUUGAUGAGGCUCGAUUCUGUGUUGGGUUGUACAUGCAUCUUCAGAAAAAUCUAAAGUCGUUGAGUGCGGGUAAAGUAUCUGUGGGGGUAAUAACCCCGUACAAACUGCAGCUGAAAUGCCUGAAGCAUGAGUUUGGCAAUGCUUUAGGACAAGAUGAACUGAAAGAGAUUUAUAUUAAUACAGUAGACGCGUUUCAGGGUCAAGAACGUGAUGUCAUAAUUAUGUCGUGUGUGCGUGCUUCGGGUCACGGGGUUGGCUUUGUUUCAGAUAUCCGGCGGAUGAACGUUGCUCUUACCCGUGCGAGAAGAGCUCUGUGGGUGAUGGGAAAUGCCUCUGCUCUGAUGAAGUCUGAGGACUGGGGAGCGUUGAUCACUGACGCGAGAGCCAGGAACUGUUUUAUGGAAAUGGACUCUCUUCCGCAGGAUUUUCCAAUUCCUCAAGCACCUAGUUAUAAUCCCAAGGCAACUAGUGCAAGAGAUUUCAGAUCAGGUGGACCAAGAAUCGAAUCUUUUGAUAUGCAAACUGAAUCCAGGUCAGGGACAGCACCACCAGAAAAUGAUGAGAAGUUGAAGACAUCGACAUUUGCAAAAAGUGAUCAUUUUCAAAGGGACAAAUCACUGGAUGAUGAUUUUGAUAUGUCUGGGGAUAAGUAUAGGAAUUCCUGGCAGCAUGGGAAUCAGAGGAAGCAAAAUUUUGGACAGGCUUUGGCGAGAAGAGACUAGUUAUCCUCAAAUUACAUUUGAUUUGAUAUCUGGAGGAGGUAGACAUGAAGUCUGCUACAGGGUAACAAUAUUACGUCGAAGCUGCACCCUUCAGACGUCCAGAUCAUAGGCCUUCACAGUGAAUUUACGUUGAAGCUGCAUUUGUGUCUCAAUAACUAUAUGGAACUUGUUGAUAAUUACCCUCGGUUUGAAGACUCUAUCAAGAGGGUUUUGGAUUUUGAUUGUGGCUUGGGUCAGCAGAACUACAAAAGACUGUAGCUAUGAGUUUUGGUUAAUGGUAGCUUAGCUUCUCUCAACCAGGUUUUUUUUUUGUCAUGAAGGAGAAGAAGAUGAUGAUUAGAAAUGUAGUGGAGAGAGCAUAGAUGAACAGUUCAUAUACCCACACAGGGCACUGUAUAUAUAAUCCCACUAUCUUUUAGUAUUUCUAUCUCCUUUAUUAUAAAACACAGUUCCUUUGUUUUUUAUGUGUUAUCAUCGAUCAAUGAAGAAUCAUAUUCUUGUAA